AUGUGCACUGUCUGUACUGUCCCAAACUUAGCAACAGGAUUUUCCUGGUCAGCAGAAGUGAUUGCUAUUACAUUAGCAGUUGACCACCGGCACUUUGGAGCCGCCAUGAAUCUCAUGCGGACAAAAGUCCGAAGCAUAUUACUAUGGAUCCCCGAGCUAGGAUUUAUAUCCGAUAAGCACGCUGGCUCACCGCACGACCUCGCUUGUCUUAGAAUUCCUGAAACAGACGCUGCAUCGCCAUGGAUACAUUCUGGCCCCAUGUAUGCGGCCUGGGGCCAGUUCGUUGCGCCACGUGCUGCUCAGCCAUGGCCUUGGGAUUCCCGCGAUAGCCGAUACCCUAGCAUAUACGCGAUUGGUGAGAAUUUAGCACACGGAGGGAGCUGGCCAGGCUUAGAACUGAUGUCAUACAACCCGGAGUCGAGUCCAGCAGAGAUAUAG